AGAGUUUAAUUAUGUGGGAUUUCCUCCUUUGUCUUCAGCUUCUUCAUAGAUCACACAUGAUGCAUGAGAGCCAUUCCUUUGUGUAGAAAUCUCAGGGAAGUUGGAUAGGCAGAAGAGAGGAUCUCUUCAUUGUUCAGGAUCAAAAUGUAUAGGCCAGCACGGGUGCCCUCAACCUCAAGAUUCCUGAAUCCGUAUGUAGUGUGUUUUGUUGUUGUGGCGGGGGUGGUAAUCUUGGCGGUAACCGUAGCUCUACUCAUCCACUUUUUAGCUUUUGAUCAAAAGUCUUACUUUUACCAUAGCAGCUUUAAAAUCCUAAAUGUCAAAUAUAGUAAUCAGUUAAAUUCACCAGGUACACAGGAAUAUAGGGCUUUGAGUGGAAGAAUUGAAUCUAUGAUUACUAAAACGUUCAAAGAAUCAAAUUUAAGAAGUCAGUUCAUCAGAGCUCAUGUUGUCAAACUGAGGCAGGAGGGUAAUGGUGUGAUAGCAGAUGUUGUCAUGAAAUUUAAAUUCACUAGAAAUAACAAUGGAGCAUCAAUGAAAAGCAGAAUUGAGUCUGUUUUACACCAAAUUCUGAAUAACUCUGGAAACUUGGAAAUAAACCCUUCAACUGAGAUAACAUCACUUACUGACCAGGAUACAGUAAAUAUUUUCACUGAAGGCUGUGGGGCCCGUCCAGACCUAAUAACUUUGUCUGAGGAGAGGAUCACAGGAGGCACUCAGGCUGAGGAAGGAGACUGGCCGUGGCAAGUGAGUCUACAGGUGAAUAAGGUUCACCACUGCGGCGGCAUCCUGAUCAGCAACAUGUGGGUCCUGACGGCAGCUCACUGCUUCAGAAGCCAAUCUAAUCCUCGUGUAUGGACUGCCACCUUUGGUGUUUCGAUAACAUUUCCUAAAGAGAGAAGAAGAGUAAGGACUAUUUUAAUCCAUAACAAUUAUAACCCUGCAACUCAUGAAAAUGAUAUUGCAGCUAUCCAACUUGAUGGAGGCAUCAAUUUUACCAAAGAUAUCCAUAGGGUGUGUCUCCCAGAGGCUACCCAGAAUAUUCCACCUGGUUCUUCUGCUUAUGUGACAGGAUGGGGAUCUUCAGAAUUUGGUGGUAACACGGUUUCAGAUCUCCGGCAAGCACGGGUCAGAAUAAUAAGUAAUGACGUAUGUAAUGCACCAGUUAGUUAUUAUGGGGCCGUCUCGCCUGGAAUGCUAUGUGCGGGUCUACCUCAAGGUGGAGUGGAUGCAUGCCGGGGGGACUCUGGUGGCCCACUCGUUCAAGAGGACUCACGGCGGCUUUGGUUCCUCGUGGGGAUAGUAAGCUGGGGAGAUCAGUGCGGUCUGCCAGACAAGCCGGGAGUGUAUACCCGAGUGACAGCCUAUCGUGACUGGAUAACCGAAAAAACUGGGGUCUAGCGCCACGAAUGCCUCUCUGUGGCAAGGUCUGUGUGCCGGCGUAUAUCUAAAAUUCCAACCAACUGAGCCACCCAGGCGUCUAAAAUUCCAAAACUUUCCUUUUCAGGAGGAGAAGAGCCUAAAAGUGCCCUGUUUUAAUAUCCUGUUCCAUAAUAGGGUUUCACAAACACUAUCUCUUCUUUAUUACACGGAUCCUAUGUUUUCUCAAGAACGCUGUAUGAAUAUUGCCUUGUAUUGUGGCCAUGGGGCAGGGGAAACACGUAAGCUAGGGACAGAGGUAACAGUUUUACCGCAGUUGUGAUAAGAGACAGUAAUGAGAAAAACAGGUACCCGGAGAGUAGUCUUCAGAGGAAUCUGGAUAAAUCUGCAGGGUCAGAGGAGUCUUCUCGAAAAAGUCUCACUGAAACCGGGCAAAGUAUAGAAAUUCGCAAAGGAAGAAGGGGCAGUACGUAACAUUCAAGACAGAAGGAAUAGCACAAGGCAAGAAAAAUAGUAUUUAUUUGAAAUUUCUGGUUAUGCAAUACUUUAUAAGUAGUAUUAGUCUGAGAAUUAAAUAUGUGGAGUCACUGUACAAUCCUGCAGCAAUCUUAAUUAUCC